AUAAGGUCACCUGUUUGUGUGCAGAUGUGUGGGGCCCUGCUGGGCCUGGGUUGUGGCAUUCAAACAAGUACCAUCUCCUACCCAAAAACUCUGCCAUGCGAUGUCAGCGAGGUCAACAAUGGGACUGCGGUGAAAGUGGACUGCACUGAAAGAAGUCUCAAGAACGUCCCCUUCGCCAUCCCAGGAGAGACUACCAAUCUGACUCUCACCAUCAACCAUAUUCCAAAUCUGAACUCAACCUCCUUUCACGGUCUGGACAACCUCACAGAGAUCGACAUGAGGUGCAACUGCGUACCCAUCAAAAUUGGCCCGAAGGACAACAUGUGCAGAAAAAGUGUGACGAUUGCGGAGGAUACAUUUACUGCUCUAAGGAAUCUACGGGCACUGUAUCUAGAUGGGAAUCAGCUUGAUAGCAUUCCUAAAGGCUUGCCUUCAAACCUUGUCCUUCUGAGUUUAGAAGUGAAUCAUAUUUUUUAUAUUUCUAAGAAAAAUCUUUCUGAAAUCCAAAAUGUUCAGGUGCUCUACCUGGGACAAAACUGCUAUUAUCGCAACCCCUGCAAUGUUUCCUAUGGCAUAGAAGAUGGUGCAUUCUUAAAAUUGGAAAACUUAACAUUGCUGUCCCUUAAGUCAAACAACUUGUCUUUUAUUCCCUAUAGGUUGCCUGUAAGUUUAAGACAGCUGUAUCUAUACAAUAACAACAUCCAAGAGGUCUCUGAUGAGGAUUUUAAAAACUUGACAAACCUCGAGAUUUUAGAUAUUAGUGGAAAUUGUCCUCGAUGCUACAAUUCCCCUUUCCCAUGCACCCCAUGCCAAAAUAACGCACCCCUAAAAAUAAGCAAGGGAGCUUUUAAAAUGCUGACAAAACUAAAAACGUUACGUUUGCACAGUAACUCUCUGACAUGUGUAUUACCUGAAUGGUUCACUAACACAAAGGAUCUUCGAGUACUUGAUCUCUCAUCAAACUUUUUAGCCAGAGAUAUCGGGUCCACAAACUUUCCUAAGUUUCUUGGCAAGCUAGAAGAACUGGACUUGUCUUUUAACUAUGAGCUCCAGAGGUAUCCUCAAACUCUUAGACUGAACUCCAGUUUCUCCUCCCUCAUGUCUCUUGAAAUUCUCAGAAUAAAGGGUUAUGUGUUUCAGCAACUAAAGCCAGAAAGCAUUGCUCCCUUAAAACGUCUUCCAAAUCUGACAGUUCUAGACCUCGGCACAAACUUUAUCAAAAUGGCAAACCUCAGCAUUUUAAUGGAGCUAAAAAGCUUUCAUAUAAUCAGUUUGUCUGACAAUAAAAUAUCAUCUCCCUCUGAUGCUCAAAAUGCAUUUAGUUUCAACGGGGGAGAGGCUAUGCUGUGGUCCCCCAUGUCAGCAGCUGAUCAGCUCCAGAACAAGGAAGUGAGAGAGAUUCAUUACUUCAGAUAUGAUGAAUAUGCUCGCAGCUGCAAAUACAAAGAUAAGGAACUUGGAAUAGUUACAUUAUUUGUCAAGAAGGAAUGCAGCGACUUUGGCAAAACCUUGGAUGUGAGCAGAAACAACAUAUUUUUCUUGCAUUCAAGGUUUUUAAACCUGAAGGAAUUGCGGUGCCUCAAUCUUUCAGGAAACGCAAUGAGCCAAAGCCUGAAUGGAUCAGAGUUUAGCAAUCUGACUAAUUUACAGUACCUGGACUUCUCAUCAAAUCGCCUGGACCUGUUGUACUCAACUGCUUUUAAAGAGUUAAGCAAUCUGGUCAUCUUGGAUAUAAGUAAAAACAACCAUUAUUUUGAAUCAGAGGGCUUGACUCAUAUGCUUAAUUUCACUAAGUAUUUAAAAAAACUCAAGGUACUGCUAAUGAAUCACAACAAGAUUUCUACUUCCACCAACACAGAAAUGGAAAGUGAAUCUUUAGAGAAAUUGGAGUUCAGAGGCAACAGGUUGGAUUUGCUGUGGAGAGACGGGGACACAAGAUACAUUCACUACUUCAAAAAAUUACGUAAUCUGAGAGUUCUAGACAUUUCUUCCAAUAACCUUCGUUCAGUUCGAAGAGAAGUCUUCAGUGGUCUGCCAGACAACCUGACUGAGCUCUAUGUUAAAAAGAACAAACUGUACUUUUUUGCAUGGGGGGAAUUACAACUUCUGAGAUCUCUGAAAGUCUUGGACCUCAGUGGAAAUUGCCUAAACUCUGUUCCAAGAAUGCUGUCAAACUGUACCACAUCUCUUAAAAAACUUGUUUUACAUGACAACCAGAUCGUAAAACUCACACCAAAUUUCCUCCAGGAAGCUUUUAGUUUAAAAUAUCUAGAUCUUAGCUUCAAUCGUAUCAAGCACAUUGAGCAAUCUAGCUUUCCAGAUAAUGUUGUUGAGAAGAUGGAACAGUUGCUUCUGCACAAAAACAAUUUCCUUUGCACCUGUAAUGCCUCUUGGUUCAUCACUUGGCUAAACAAGACCACGGUUACCAUCCCUCGAUUAGGAAUCGACGUUACCUGUGCUUCUCCAGGAGUGCAAAAGGGUAAUCUUGUGGUCUCAGUGGACUUACAAGCCUGCCAGCACUCCUUCCUAUCGAUUAUCCUCUACACUCUCAUGACUUCACUACUCUUUAGCUUCAUUACUCUGUCCAUCGCAAGUCACCUCUACAUGUGGGACGUCUGGUACAUUUAUCACUUCUGCAAGGCUAAACUCAAGGGCUACAGCCGCCUGUCUUCUCAAAGUGAGGUCUAUGAUGCCUUUGUGAUGUUUGACAAAAACGAUUCUGCUGUGUCAGACUGGGUGAUGAAGGAAAUGUGUCCUCAUCUGGAGGAGCGGGGAGAUCGCCGAUUGACACUGUGUCUGGAGGAACGAGACUGGGUCCCCGGUUGUCCCCUGAUUGACAACCUCUCCCAGAGCAUCCACAAGAGCAAGAGGACUGUGUUCAUUCUCACCAAAAAAUACAUGCAAGGGGGUAAUUUCAGUACAGCCUUCUAUAUGGCCCAUCAAAGACUGAUGGAUGAGAAAAAUGACGUCAUAGUACUGAUUUUUUUGGAAAAAGUAUCUUGCAACUCAAAAUAUCUGCGCUUAAGAAAGCGACUGUACAAGCGGUCUGUGCUCGAGUGGCCAACAAACCCACAGGCACAACCAUACUUCUGGUUCACCCUCAGGAGUGUAUUGGCUACCGAGAGCCACAAACAGUACAGCAAUCUCUUCAAAGAGACACUCUGAAGGGAUGACAAUGUAGAGUUUGCCAAAAAUAAGACAAUUUAUGUUUUAUCAGUUAUUUCUUCUCUGCAACAAUGCUCCUUGGCAAUAAUUUUUAAAGUUAUACAGUUACAAUUACAAUCAUAUUCUCUAGCAAUUUACAAUGCCUUUCUGCUGUUGACUCUUGUUUGGUGUCAUUUUUUUUUUUUUUUGGACUGAAUAAUAGAAGUUUGAAGAAACAAAAGAUAUCAGGAAUUUAGUCAUUUUUCCUUUGGCAAAUCAAUGUUUCAGGAAUGCACUGGAAAGCUAUUCACAGCUACAACAGCCUGGUAUGUUGCCCUCAUGCUCAUCGCCAGCUUGGUCACAUUUUAUUUUGGCAUUCCUUUCUUCAACCAGCACUUGUCACAAGUCAGUAAAAGGUGGUUGCACUGAACAUAACAUAAAUAACAUAAUGAAUUAGUAUAAAUAAAAUGUAUUCCUAUAUGUAGAAAUGUUCAUGGUUUUGACAAUAUUAUUUUGGAUUAGACACUGUCUGAUGUAAAGUUCAACUCCAAUGGU